GAACAACCUCUAUUCACCACUUCUGCUCAUGUCUUCGAGAUCGAUCCAGAAACGAAAAAGUCAUGGCUGCCUUCUUCCAAGCUAGCAGUACCAGUAUCGUUUUAUUGCGACCCAAUGCGUAGUCAUCACAGAAUAAUUUCCGUCGACGGUACCAAGGUCAUUGUAAAUAGCAGUAUAACACAGAAUAUGCAUUUCAUGAAAACAUCGGCCAAAUUUGGACAAUGGUCAGAUGCUAGAGCUAAUACUGUCUAUGGAUUAGGAUUCUCCUCCGAAAGCGAUUUAAAUAAGGUAAGUUAA